UCACUGAAUCUUAGCUCUUAAGUUUUGUUUAGCCUUAGUGUCACAUUAAAAGAAAUUUUCUCUCUUUUUCCUUUUUCUUUUGUUGUUUCUGAAUUCUUUUCAACUUUUGUCCUUGCAAAAUUGCUUCCUUGCCUUCUGUUUUCUUCAGCAUUUGCUAAUAUUCCUGCUUUUUUAUUGGAGGAUGUUCUUUUGUUGGAGAAGAGUGAAUUGAGGAGUAAGGUUGAGCGUGAGAUCAAUGGGUGGGAAGAGAUCUGCUGUAAAGUACAAUAAUUUGAAGAUCUAUGCACAGCUUUUGCUGUGGUUCGUGUUGAUUUAUGCAGCGCAGGUUUCUCGUGGAGAGACUACUCCAAGUGAUGUUGCUGCAAUGAAUAACCUAUAUGUUUCACUGGGCCUCCCUGCUAUUCCUGGUUGGGUUGCUAAUGGUGGAGACCCAUGUGGUGAAGCGUGGCAAGGCGUGGUGUGUAACAAUACAGUCAUAGUGAAAAUUGUUCUUAAUGCUGCUAAUUUGGGAGGAGAACUGGGAAAUAACUUAGGGCUGUUUACUUCUAUCAAUGCAAUAGAUCUAAGCAACAACCAUAUUGGGGGGAGCAUUCCAUCCAAUUUGCCUGUUACAAUGCAAAACAUUUUUCUUUCAGCUAACCAGUUCACUGGAAGCAUCCCAAGUUCUUUAUCCUCUUUAACUCAACUGUCAGCCAUGUCUCUAAAUGACAACCAUUUAUCUGGAGAAAUACCGGAUGCCUUUCAAUCCCUGAUAGGGUUGAUCAAUCUAGAUUUGUCCAGUAACAAUUUGAGUGGAGAGCUCCCUCCUUCUCUAGGAAAUUUAUCUUCUCUGACCACACUACACUUGCAGAACAAUCAGUUGUCUGGGACCCUUGACACUUUACAAGAUCUGCCUCUUAAAGAUUUGAAUAUAGAGAAUAACCAGUUCUCUGGACCAAUACCUGAGAAGCUGUUAAGCAUCCCAAACUUCAGAAUAGAUGGAAACCCAUUUAAUGCUACCACCGCUCCACUACCUCCACCUUCAUCCCCAUUAAAACCACCACCAGCAAGUCCAGCACCACCAUUUUGGGGGCCAGCUACUGGACGUACACCUCCGAAAAGGGCUGAUGCACCAUCUGCAACAGAGAAAUCAAGCUCUGGACAAAAGAAGAAAGGUUUAACAACUAAGCAGGUGGUUGGGAUAUCAAUUGCAGCGGUGUUUUUACUGAUAAUUCUGUUACUGGGACUUGCACUUCUUAUGCCAAGAUUUAGCAGACGAAGAGAAGCUGAAAGAAUUUCUAGUCGGCAUCGAAUAAUAGCGUAUGAAGGCGACAGACAGAAUCCUAGGGACAGUGGAUCCUUACCUCUACCAACCAAUGAGAAAGUUCCAAAGGCACUAGUUGUGAGGCCAAAGGAGGAUGAUCAAACAGAGACUAGAAGAGCAAGAGCAAUUACAAAACUACAGAAUGAGAAACAGAGAAAUGUACAGGGAACAGGCAAAAUACCAAAGAGGGAGGAUCAUGGGAUAGAUAUGAGUGCUUUUGAUAUGUUUUCAGAUCCUCCUCCCCCUCCUCCUCCUCCCAUUUCACUUCCCCCUCGUUCUCCUGCCCCGCCUCCUCCUCCCCCUCCUCCACCUCCUGUUGAGAAGGUCAUUGUAGAGCCGAAAUUGCCUGCUAAAGUAACUACAGUGAAGCCAUCCACCAAAAAUCUCCCCACUUUUGCAAAGUCUUUCACCAUUGCAUCCCUUCAGCAAUAUACAAACAGCUUUUCUCAAGAAAAUCUUAUAGGAAGUGGCAGACUGGGGACUGUUUAUAGGGCACAGCUUCCUGAUGGGAAGCUACUUGCGGUCAAAAAACUUGACAUGAGAGCUUCCAGUCAGCAGAAAGAUGAUGAGUUUCUUGAACUGGUAAACAAUAUUGAUAAAAUCCGACAUGCCAAUAUUGUUGAGUUUAUUGGUUACUGUGCCGAGUAUGGUCAAAGGCUUCUGAUCUACGAGUAUUGCAGUAACGGGUCACUACAGGAUGUUCUGCACUCAGAUGAUGAAUAUAAAAGAAACCUUUCAUGGAAUGCCCGCAUUCGGAUGGCACUUGGAGCUGCAAGAGCCUUAGAGUAUUUGCAUGAGACCUGUCAGCCACCUGUCAUGCACAGGAAUUUUAAGGCUGCCAACGUUCUUCUUGAUGAUGAUCUUUUGGUGCUUGUCUCUGAUUGUGGUCUGGAUUCAUUGAUAGCAUCAGGUGCUGUAACUCAGCUGUCAGGAAGUCUGUCAACAGCUUAUGGUUAUGGAGCUCCAGAAUUUGAAUCAGGAAUUUAUACUCACAAAAGUGAUGUUUACAGCUUUGGAGUUGUUAUGUUAGAACUUUUAACAGGUCGGAUGUCCUAUGACAGAUCACGGAAUCGUGGGGAGCAAUUUCUAGUGAGAUGGGCAAUCCCCCAGCUUCAUGACAUUGAUGCAUUGUCAAGGAUGGUUGAUCCUGCUCUCAAUGGAGACUACCCAGCCAAAUCUUUAUCAAACUUUGCAGACAUUAUUGCUCGGUGUGUUCAGUCUGGGCCAGAAUUCAGGCCACUAAUGUCUGAAGUUGUCCAAGACUUACAAAACAUGAUACGAAAGGAGCCCAACAGAAAUGGAUCAAGUGAAGACUACUGACUUGGAUUGGGAAAUGGAAUGGUGAUUUUAGCUUAUGAAUGAAUGCUUAAUAUGCAGAGAAUCAAGUUAUCCCAGGAUGAUAAAUCUAUUCUGAAGAAGCUGCCAACAAAUGUGCCUUCUAACAACUCCUCACCUGACAUUCACAUCCAAAUCGCUUACCACGGAGUCUUUUCGAGAGCAAAAUCUUCCCAUUCUUAUUGUCCAUUGUUCAAGAUCAUUCUAGCAUACAUUGAUAAAUGUGCUAACCAACUGUUAUUCAAUGAAAUUUUUUUCAUUGAUCAUUCUGCUGA